CCCUUUUAAAGCACAUUUCUUCUUUUUAUUUUUUGUUUUGCGCGUGGAAUUGGGUGAAUUUUGUGACGUUGCAUUACGUCCCCAAUUGCAAAACUGAAAUCUUUCAUUUUUAUUUCCCUUGGAUUUUUCUCUUUUUACAUUUUUUAACCUCUACAGUAUUUCUGCAAAAUGUCAAGACCAGUGAGGAACAGGAAGGUGGUGAAUUACUCUCAGUUCCAGGAGUCUGAUGAUGCAGAUGAGGAGUAUGGCAGAGACUCGGAGAGGCCCAAAAAGAUGCGUGCGACCCCAAGAGAUGUGAAGCACAAGAAGAGGUCAGGAAAGAACUCGCAGGAGGACAGUGACGAUUCUGAUGACAAGCUCUCCAAACCCAAAAAUGAUUCAGCAGAUGACUUUGGUAGCGAUGAAGACAAUGAUUUUGGCGAAGAGGAUGACGAGGAAGGGGGCAGCGACUACGACACCAAAAGGGGGAAGAAGGGAAAGAAAGCUAGCAGAAGGACACCGAAGAGGAAACGAGAUACAGAAGACAGCGACGACGAGCGGGAGGUGAGCAAGAAGGUGCGGCAGGUGCGGCAGGCCGCCUCCAAAGCGGUGUCCAAACAGAGGGAGAUGCUGCUGGGGGACGGGGGCAGCGAGGACGAGGACCGCGAUGACGAAGAGCAGGCCUACGUGGACCAGGAGUCUGAGGGCAGCGACGAGGACUUCAUGGUGGAUGACGACGACGACAGCGACUACGGCCACUCCAGGAAGCGGAGCAAGAAGGUGAUCAGGAGAAGUAGGCCAGAGAGGAAGGAGAAGAAGUCCCCCAAGCCCAGGCUAAAGGCCACAGUGACCCCCAGCCCCAUGAAGGGCAAAGGCAAGGGGCGCCCCGGUGCAGCCAAGGCCCUGGAGAAGUCCUCGCCCAAAGAGGAAGAGGGAGACCCAGAGAGCCCCCCUGAGGAGGAGGAAGAGGACGAGCUGGAGAAGAAAGCUUCCCCUCCCCCCAAGAAGACAGAGGACGCGCCCGAGGAAGAGGACGACAUAUCGGAAGAGGAAGCUCCGUCUGGGGAAGACUAGCCGGGUCCCGACAGUGAAACCCCCCUCCUUUCGGUUUUACCUUUUGUCUGUUUCCCCCCCCCUCCCCUCUUUUUUAUUAUUUUUUUUUCUUUAGUGUUUGCGGAUUUCAGUUUCCAUAUUGGCCUGGCUCAAUGGUUUGGACAUUUAUUUUAAUUAUUUUUCGUUUUUGUUUUUGCCUUUUAAAUACCAUUUCUCCAAGGACUCUUGUUUGUGUGCAUGUGAGAGUGUGAGCUUGUAUGGGAGAGCGAGUGGCGGAGGGCCGGAUGUACUGACGCAGAAACACAGAAGUGUCCGUGGGUCUGUCUGUCUGUCUGAGGGCAGGGCAAGGGCAGCUGCUUACCAGAGAUUCCCAAUCACUGUUAUUUGUUUUGUCCCUCCGCAGUAUUCAAGCUGCAGCUCAGAUCUGUGUGGAAAUUGUGUGCGCGCAGACUAGUGGAAAGAGCUCUGAUAGGUUUAACGGUUUGAGUAUUCUUAAGAUGGGCGCUAGCUGGCGUCUGCGUUUGCCCCAGUCAGUUUGAAAACUCCCAGAAGAAUGUGUGCCCUUCAUUGGAGCUCAUGAUACAUGCAGCCGUCCUGCUAGCAGAUGGUUUGGGGAAAAAGGUCCUGUGUUAGCUCGCCUUGUUGGGUGGCUCCAUGAUUGUAAUUACACUGUUAUGCUCACUCAACUCCCAGAGGGCGACUAGCACGGUGUUGGUCACGGUAAGUGACUCGCAGCUCCCCCCGGGUGUCUCCAUAGACUCUGAGUGGCAGAAAGUUUGUCUUAUCAUGACAAUGUUUUUACUGUUUGUACAACACUAUCCAUCCUCAGUCACUUCCCUUAAUUCCCUGUUGAUGAACAGGUGUGUUGUCAGAGGAUGUUAUAUAAGUGCGCGUGUGUGUGUGCGCACGCAUGUGUGAUUGUGUGAAGCCACUUUAACUGGUACAGAUGUGGUACUAGCUCGGUGUUGCCCUGUCAGAGUGGUGAAAAUCAUGUCAUUGCUUCAUUUCAGUCCACCAGAAACCGGAAGUUGAGAAUAUUUUCAACACUUAUGAAUCGUGCGCAUCAUGGAAUUAAAACGGAUAUGAAACGGCAUUGCCCCCUACCCGCCCCCUUGUGUAACUUUAUGUGAACUACCCCUUUUUCCUGUUUCCUGUGAGCUUGUUAUAUCUGCACAGGUCAUAUAUUGAUCUGUGUACACAAUGCAGUAUUUGCGGUUUGGGUGUUGAUGUGAAGGAGACGGAAGCGCAGCGGGUAGCCCGCGCACACCCUCCCAGCGCACGGAGACUGGAGUACAGAGAGGCCGUUCGUAUCGUCGCCUGGGAAGGCUCGCACAUCGUGACGCAGAUGGGCCAGUUUAUUGAGGCGGAAACCAUGCCGACUGCAAACGUGAAUGCUGAGAUCCUGUUGGCUGCUUGCCUUUUUCCUGACGCGUUCACGGAAGCUUGGCGUGCGUGUUCCAUUCGCCAGUGCCCUGUAAUCCCGGCCAAUAGUGUUAACCAGCACAGGUGCGUUAAAAAGCACCAAAAGCCGCUCUGUGGAAGGAAAAAAACAUGGAAAGUGUUUGGUUUGUUGUACCAAGCAUUUAAAAUUCAAGAGCCUUUGGAGGGCUUUAGCUACUUGGCAUGUGCUUGGCAUAUUCAUCAAAACUCUAGUAUUCGUUUUCAGACUUGGAAACUCUUGUUGACUUUAUCCUGCUUUCUCAUUUUGUUUGUUUCAAGCUCCAAUUUGAUAUGCAUGUCAAAUGGUUGCUGUAAUGUAAACGGUUCAUUUUAUCAAAGACGAGCCCUAGGAUUCUGUGUACACUCAUGGCAGGCAUCCAUAACAGUUCAAUCCGUUGUGC